AAAACUAGUCAAAGGCUAGUGCCCAGCCAACCUGCAUGGGCAUUGAGGUUGCAGUACAUGGUGAUGGUGGGAUGUUAGGAUCCAAUUUCAAGGUCACUCGAUUGUCAAGGAAGAAUGUCUGCUUUGUGAUGUUUACUGAUGAAAUUACAAUACGGACACUUUCUUCAGAAGGUCAUGUGCCUGAUAGAAUGGGUUUCAUUGGCUUUUGGAAAUUAGUGGUAGUGAAGAAUCUACCCUUUGAUGAUAUGCGGCGAGUUGGCAAAAUACCGAAGUUAUUGCCACAUCGACUUUUUCCUUUUGCAAGGUAUUCAAUUUGGUUGGAUAGCAAAUUACGGCUGCAGCUUGAUCCUUUACUUAUCUUGGAGUACUUUUUGUGGCGAAAGGGUUAUGAAUUUGCAAUAUCCAAUCACUAUGAUCGGCAUUGCGUGUGGGAAGAAGUAGCACAAAACAAGAGAUUGAACAAGUAUAAUCAUACGGUUAUAGAUCAACAAUUUGCAUUUUACCGUGCUGAUGGACUGGAAAAAUUUGAUGCAUCGGAUCCAAACAAGCUUCUUCCAAGCAAUGUACCUGAAGGUUCUUUUAUUAUUAGAGCACACACCCCGAUGUCAAAUUUGUUUUCCUGUCUUUGGUUCAAUGAAGUUGACCGGUUUACACCUCGUGAUCAGCUGAGUUUCGCAUAUACUUAUCAGAAGCUGAGAAGGAUGAAUCCAGAGAAACCUUUCCAUCUGAACAUGUUCAAGGACUGUGAAAGGAGACACAUAGCGAAGUUGUUCCGUCAUAGGUUGGAUGAGAAGAGGAUUAGUCAUCAAAAAGCAACAGAAUAAUGCCACUUUUAUAUUAACAUUUUUUUAUUGCUAUUGAGCUUGAUCAUAUGAUGUCAAAAAGCAAUAGAAUAAUGCCAGUCUCCUCCAUAUAUCUGUUGAAGUUGUGAUCUCUGCUGCAGAGUUUGUCACAUGAUGAUUCAACACAGGUGUUUCCCAUGGAAGUGUUACUCAAAGUAUGAUCUGCUGUGUCAUCCAUGGAAACAUAAUUUUGUGGUUAUGUUUUAUCAUAUAUCUCUUCCUCUUGUAUCCUUCCAUUUGUGACACAAUUCAUUUAUGCCUUGGGAGACAAGCAAAGCAUCGAAUGACUCCCCUCACCAUCACUACCACUGCUCAUAUUUCUUUUCUUAAUUGGGAUUGUUUGUAUGUAGAAAUUUUUGAUAGGCCAUUCAUAUUCACGUUAGAAAUGAUUCUUAUUGAUUUUAUUACUUAAAUAUUUUACUAUAUUAGCAUGGAUAAGUUGUUAAAUUAAA